AUGUUGGCCAAAUGCCCGCAAUAUCAAAUACCAGAUCAUGACCUUAUUCGGUAUUUUGUGGGGGGACUUCGAAGGCAAGACAGGCAAUGGUUGCACGCCGCCUGUGGAGGAUCGAUCCUGAACAAAUCUGCAGCGGAGGCUUUCAAACUCAUAGCCGAUAUGGCCGAGGAAUCAAGGGAUGAGGAAGGAACUAUAGUCAGAACUGGUCGGGUACCAAACCCUUCUGCCCAAGACGAUAAGUUGGAUAAGCUAUGCAACAUGUUCGAGAAAUUCAUGACGAACCAAGGAACAUCCAACCAAGGGACCCCCAAUAUCCGGAAACCUGUGAAGACAUGCCAACUUUGCAUGGCAAAUUCACAUGCAACUGAUGAAUGUCCACAACUUUUCGAAGAUGAAGAACUAAAUGCUAUUGGGCAACAGCCAGGAGGAAAUAAUGGGGGACAACAUCAAAAACCCUUUGAACCUUACAGGCAGCAGUAUAACAAUCAAGGGUGGAGGCAGCACGAAAACCUCAGGUACGGCAAUAACAACUUUUUGGGGCCAAACGAAGGGCAAACGAGCAAUCCACCACAAUACUCGCAACAACCACAACAGGCCAGAGGGUCCUCCCUGUCAGAACUUGUGCACCAAAUGGCACAACAACAAGUGAAAUUCCAACAAGAGACCGAAAAAUUCAUAAUGGAGACAAGAGAAGGAUUGCAGAAUGUGAAUGUCCAACUGUCACAUCUUGCCCAAGCGGUAGCUCGACUCGAAAGCAAACAAGGGGAAUUUCCUUCCCAAGUGGAGGUAAAGAAGGUGAAUACUCUGACACUUAGAGGUGGAAAGGAAUUACCCAAGGUUGUUAGAAAGAAAAAUCAAGAGGAACCAGAGGUCAUCGAAGAAGUUGGAAUGGGAUCGGCAGAUGAGGAAGAACUUGCCCAAGAAAGAGAAACCAAGAAGAAGGCAACAAGGAAAGGCAAAGAGAAAUUGAGCCAGGCUGAGCCCAUAAUCCCCUUCCCAGGCAGAAUGGCCAAUUCCCAGGCAGAAUGGCCAAGGAACAAGAAAAGGAAGAACUAA